AUGGAGUAUGCAGCAGGUGGUGAACUUUUCGAAAGAAUUUGCAAUGCUGGUAGAUUCAGCGAAGACGAAGCAAGAUAUUAUUUCAAACAACUUAUCUCGGGAGUUAGCUAUUGUCACGCUAUGCAAAUAUGUCACAGAGACCUUAAGCUCGAGAAUACACUCUUAGACGGAAGCUCAUCGUCACAGCUCAAAAUAUGCGAUUUCGGAUAUUCGAAGUCAUCAGUAUUACACUCUCAGCCAAAAUCCACCGUGGGAACACCGGCUUACGUUGCUCCGGAGGUCUUGUCCCGGAAAGAAUAUAACGGGAAGAUUGCAGAUGUGUGGUCGUGUGGGGUGACAUUAUAUGUAAUGUUAGUUGGUGCUUAUCCCUUUGAAGAUCCAGAAGAUCCAAGAAACAUUAGAAAAACCAUUCAGAGGAUAUUAAGUGUACAUUACACCAUACCGGACUACGUCAGGAUUUCUUCCGAGUGCAAGAGUCUCUUAUCUCUUAUCUUCGUCGCUGACCCUGAUAAGGAGGAUGCAGUUGCAAAUGUUGUAUCAAAAACAACGGCUAAGGAAGAUGCAGUUGCAAAUGCUGUAUCAAAAGCAACGGCUCUUGGAGUUGAUUUAGAAGGGAUUGCUCUCAUAUUAGCGUUCAAUACUCUGGUUUCCAAGCUUGUUGUGAGAUUCCAACCCGAAGAGAAGUUUGUGGCAUUUGGGAAUGCUCUUAUGGCUCUUGAAAAUAAGGCAGCCUCCGCGAUCAUCGGUCGGUCCUUGAAGACUGAACCAGUCAAUCACACGAUGGAAGUCGUUAUCCAGUGGCUUUCCUUCCGCGUCCUGAUUGUCUUUAGUACAUUCGUCACCUUCGGAUUUGACUCGACCUGGCUUGCUUCACACGUCAAAGCGAUUUGGCUUUUCUGCGCCAAAUUCGUUGUGGCCUAUCUCCCGGAUUGGUCACCGCUGGAUCUCAAGGAGCUAGCUCUUGAUGAGCUCAAGGGACUCAAAGAGCUGCUCAAGCUGCUUAAAGACUGA